UUGUUAUCAUUGUCGGGCACUGCCACCGGCGACAAUCGGACCCUGCGGAAGGGCACGUUAUACACACGAGCGCCGCCUCGUUAUUUUGGCAGUCGGGCCGAAUUGGUCGCUCCGUUUGCCAAACCCCGUGCAGCCGCGGUCGCCGCCCGUGUCAUUCACGAUUUUCCCGUCCUAACCACAGUUGUAUCCCGUUUGGUCCGUUCCGUCACCGUCGUCACAUCGCGCGACACCGCUGCCGGAAAAUAAUACAAUCCGUUUCGUCGUCCCUUCACGAUCCGUUCCCCGGCACACCGGUGAUUCUUCCGCCCUUCCGUUUCCGUUCGCUUUCCGUCCUGCCGACAUCAUCGAUGUAUUCCAGUUUUCGCUCUCGCCUUCCGCGAGAAUUCCACUCGGCACGUGCGUGUUGACAGCGCACCGUUAGCACUACGUCUCAUCACCAUCACCGCGCCGUUUUACAAUUGUUUUCGAUUGAUAAGAACCGUUUAACUCUUUCUCGUCCCGAAGACACCGAAAGUCAAUAAAAUGGUGGUGGCCGGCGGCGACGAUCAUGUGCUGGACGUGUUGCUGGACCGGUUGGUGCCACUGACGACCCGCACCGCUGAGAAUCUCGAAAAGAUCCGCAGGAUAGCGCACAAGAUCAACGGACGCGUGAAUAAUACCGAUAAAAAUGUCAAAGCCAAGUCACUGAAUAUGCUCAGAAAGACAAAAGCAGAAAGAAUAGUGGACAUUAUGAAAUUAUUUGAAAAGACUAGAGAUAAAUCUACCUGCACGAAUUUGGCAGCCGUAAUCCAUGCUUGCAUUGCACCAAAAUCCGGCCAGGUGAGAAUGUCCGUACUGAAGCUAUUGGUAAAAUUAGAAGCAACGAAGACAUUUAUGAAGUUGGUAAUGGAAUUGCAAUCGAAAUCAGUGGGUUCACCUGAUAUUCUUAUCAGUGAAUUACUUUUUAUACUCGCUCAACUCUCGCAAAAAGAUAGCAAAUUUUCAAAGCAUGCUGAAGCGUUGAACGCAACAAAGACGUUCCAUCAACAAUUAAGAAACAAUAUAAAAAAUAUUAAAAUCAUCGGAUCAUUAUUGUUGUGCUUUAAAACACUUACUAAAAACGAGACAAUUGUUGGUGUUCUUCUCAAGGAUGGUUUUUUGUUGACUCUGGAAAAGCUUCUUAGAGAGAACAACAAAUAUUUCAAAAAAAAUAAACAAUGGCUAUUUCUUACAUUGUUAGCUAAUGUGACCAAGAAAAUUACCGAAGAAAAUUGCGAUAGAAUUAUUCGCAGUGGAUUUAUGCAAUAUGCAUUAGACGUGUUUGAUAUAAGACUUUACUCUGUGAGUAACACUAAUCCUAAAGUUCUGUCAUCCGCAUUGGAUACACUGGUGCACAUCUCAAACACUAAUAAUGGAAGAACGGCAUUGAAGAAAUCAAACAAAUUUAACGUGUUGUACAAAUUUAGCCUCCACUGCCCAGAUGAUCGAAUGUACAACUCUACCUUGUCAAAAUUAUUUACAGUAAUUAAUGUUUGUCAAGAAAAAUCGCUGUUGCCAUUAAAUUCACCGAAGUCAUCAAAUAUAUUUGAUUUGGGAGAAGCAAAAGUCGACGAUAGUGAGAAGUAUGCUGAUUCUGAUAGCGACGAUAGUGAAGCGGAUGACAACGAAGAACCAGUCGUUCAGAAUUUCAUGGAGCCCCCGAUCAGUAAUACAGCUAUUCCGAAAUCCAAAUCCGUAAGAUUAGACAUACCAUUUAACUACUGGAAAGAUCGAGAUGAAAUCGUAUCGAUGUAUGGACGUUUAUUUGAAGAAUUCAAUAACGAAAUGCCAAAAUGUAAUGUAGUAAAAAAACUCGGAGCGGGAAGAAGUGCAGAAUCCAUUGGAUCAAUGAUAAAUUCGUUCAAUAAGUUCAAAUCAAGUAAAUACUUUAACUCAAAAGUUAACGCAGCUGACAUUCCGAAUAUAGACAAAAUUGAUAUUAGAUUGCUUUCCAACGUGCGUAAGUGCCAAACAUAUAAGGCGUCGUACUCGAGUAUUGCGAGACGUGUUAACAGCGUCUGUCCUUUCGUUAAAAUUGCUUAUCCUGAUUGGGUAGGAGCAGAGAAUGAUGAUCAGUCAUUGGAAUCGUUAUAUAACAAAAACGUUCAAGUUUCAAGAAUCAAACUGUUAAUGUGCUUAGAGCGAAGCGUUGCCAAAAUAAGAGAAUUUGGUGAUUUGGUUGUCUACGAUUUAGAUUAUUUAUCGGAAAAGUUUAGCAACACUUACAAUCCUACCCAGCUAUCAAACGACGAUGAAAGCAAUUUAGGAGUAAAAUUGGGGUUUGAUCACUUGCACUUUGAGUCUCGUUUUGAAAGUGGUAAUCUUCGGAAAGCUAUUAAGAUUGGUCCCGAAGAGUAUGAUUUGAUUUUGAAUUCUGACGUUAAUUCCAUGUCACAUAGCGAGUGGUUUUAUUUUCAAGUAUCCAACAUGGAAGCAUUCAAGCCAUACGUUUUCAACAUAAUAAACAUGGAAAAACACAAUUCUCAGUUUAGAAAAGGCAUGCAGCCGAUCAUGUUCUCGGUGAAAAACUACGCCGAAAUGAAGAAAGGUUGGAGUCGCACCGGAAUGGACAUCUGUUACUACGGGAACUAUUAUAAAAACGGAAACAAAACUCAUGGCUCUUAUAUGACCGCUUCUUUUACAAUUAAAUUUCCUGUUGACCGAGACAUAUGUUACAUUGCAUACGUUUAUCCGUAUACGUAUUCGACAUUGUUGUUUAAAUGCUUGAAAUGGAAAAAUUCAGUAAAUCCAGCUAAUACUUUAUUCAGUGUCAAAUGUAUGUGCCGAUCAUUAAAUAACAACGAAGUGCCAAUUAUUACAAUUACCUCUGCUGAAUCCAACGAGAAAACAAUUAAAGACCGACCCAUAGUGUAUUUGACUUCCCGAGUGCAUCCCGGUGAGACCAGUGCAUCUUGGGUGAUAGAUGGAGUAAUCGAGUACCUAUGUGGCGACACAAUCACUGCCAAAAAAGCGCGGGACACUUACGUGUUCAAAAUCGUGCCUAUGCUCAACGUAGAAGGCGUCAUAAACGGUUGCUAUCGAUGUGGUUUGACCAACGAAGACCUGAACAGAAAAUGGAGUGCCCCCGACCCAAAACUGCAUCCAGAAAUAUUUCAUGCUCGGGGAAUUUUGGAAUACAUAACACAAAUAAUGAAAACUGUACCUUACAUGUAUUGUGAUUUUCAUGGUCAUUCGAAUCGAAAAAAUUGCUUUUUUUACGGAUGUUCAGCGAAGAAAAGUUGGUUGCGAAUGGAUUUGGCCAAGUACGAAAAUGAAACGGAUUUCAUGGUACUACCGAUCUUAAUGCAAAACUGCUGUCCGUCUUUUACAUUGUCACAGUGUAAAUUCAAAGUGGAAAGAAAUCGGGAAACUACAGCAAGAAUAACUGCUUGGAGAUGUUAUGGUAUAAAAAGAAGUUACACUUUGGAGACUAGUUAUUGCGGUUGUGACGAAGGACUUUACAAAGGUUUUCAUUAUGGGAUUAGGCAGCUCAAAGAGAUUGGAUCGACGUUUUGCAUGUCCCUUUCAUCGCUACAGGAAGAAACUAAAAAAAGAGCAAGUUUACCUGCCAGCAACCGUUUAUCCACUAUAACGCCGAGUUCCAGUUCGAAAUCUAUGGAUUUUGUUGACGAAGAACAGUCGGACUCGGAUUAAAGACUGGAUACGAAAAAUACAUUUUUUUUAAAUAAAUUGAAUAAAUCCUAUUUAAUUGUAGUAUUGUAUUUGUUUAUCUUUGUGUUACAAUAAUAAUUUUUAUUUUCAUUCACAACAAAUACGUGGGUUGUUCUAAAAGUAAUUCAUAAUUUACUUUUAAUAAAUAAGUACUUAUAUAAACAAAAUACAAUAUUAUAAACCUUCGAUAUAAUCUCCCUACUUGGCUAUACACGAUUGACAUUGUUUUGAGAGCGCUUGAAUGCCACAUAGAACGCCAUCUUUGUUGAUCUUACGGAAGAUCCUUCAGCUCACUUCUUUAUUUAGUAUAUUUGAGGUGGGGAAACGGAUUCAUCUAAGUGGUUCAGUUUUGAAAAUAAAUCGAAGUCCGAUGAACUUAAAUUCGGCGAAUACGAUGGGUGUUUGAAGCGUUUCCAUACAAAUUUCUCCAAAAAAGCAACGACUAGAGCUCCGAUAUAAGCCGCGUAUUAUCGUGCAAUAUAAACACACCAUGUAGUAACAUUCCCGGUUUUUACGGAUUUCUAAUCGCAAUUUUUUGGUAUGAAAUGUGUUGUAAUACUAAUCCCCAAUUUUACACCACUGCCAAUUGGAACUCAAUCAGUGACAAUUAUCUCAAGUUUAUCGUAAGCAAAAAUCACCAUUUGUUUCACUUUUGUUUGCUGGCGACGAACUUUUUUUGCUCUUGGUAAUGUUUUUCCCUUCCAAAUAUUGCUAUGAAAUUUUAAUUCUGAUUCAAAAUUACAAAUCCAAGUCUCAAAUAUUGCAAUUAUUCGGUCAAGAAAGUUUUCCAGCAUUUUCAUAGCAAAAAAAGGAAUUCACGGCAGAUAUCUUUGAGUGUUUCCUUCUGUACCGGAGACAGAAAUGAGAAAACAAACAUGUUCGAUAGAAUUCAAGCUAUAAACUGAUAUCAAAAAAAUUAGCUGAAAAUUUCAUAUUGCAAAACAGCUAGAGCGCACUGUGCAUUACUUUUGGAACAACCCUCGUAAAUCGCGACUUAAUGAAAUACUCCUUGAAUUGUUAUUGUGCAUGGUGUUAUAUUCAUCAUUGUAGAAGAGCCAACCUAUAUCGAAUAAAAUACGGCGCUUAAAAACUACAAACAUGUAUUUCGAACCAACCAAUGUUUUUCGUAUAAAUUAUUUAGAUGCAAUUUUUUUUUCUUUUUUUUUUUAAAUGUACGGCUAUUACGGUCAGAUAUAUAGUAGAUUCCUAGAAUUUUAUCUUAUGUAUAAUUCUGAAAUGAGCAAAUUACACAUUACAUUAUUGAAACGGUACUAUAUGUAUUAAAACAAUGCCUAACACAUCCGAAUCAAAAGAAUCGUAUAACUCUAUGUUUUAUUGUACAAAUAACUAAUAUACACACAUUUUAAUAUUGUAAAAAUGGUAUAUAUGUUUUUUUUUUU